AUCUACUCAGAACAAGCUCUCUCUUCGCAGUGUGCACUUCUGCCUUAGGACCGCGGGCUCUGUUGCCUGGACCUCACGCUGCCUGCAGGACCACAUUGCAAAGCUUUGACUCUUCCACACCUCGCCUCCGGGAAACUCUUGUGCAGUAUCUCAGAAAAUCAAACUCCCUCCUGAGACUAUUCACACAGAAUUUCCUUAGGAGCUGUACCGGGGCCCAAUGAUGAUACACCAACAUCUUGUGCUACCAACUGUCAAAACUUUGGAUGGUCUAACACUCAGGUCAUGACCCUUGUAAUUAAAAAAUUCUUGAAGACAAUAUUCAGGAGAAAAUGUGAUUUGAGUCUGGAGACAAUUGUGCAUGUAUACUUUUCUUAAGAUCUUAAAAAACAAAUCCAAGGUCACAGGUUGCUUAUUGAUAGAAGAGAAACAAUAUUGAUAGAAGAUAAACCAGAAGAUUGCUUAUGAUUGACAAGAACAGCUGCAGCAGCUACCUAGCUUGAACAUACAGCACAUUUCAUUUGGACUCUAAUAAUGGAUAAAAAGCAUAUACUAUGUUUUCUGUUUUUCUUGCCUCUUAAUAUGGCUCUCAUCUCAGCAGAGUCGGAAGAAGGCGUGAACCAAACAGACUUGGGAGUCACUAGAAACAAGAUCAUGACAGCUCAAUAUGAGUGUUACCAAAAGAUUAUGCAUGACCCCUUUCCAUCAGCAGAAGGCCUUUACUGCAAUAGGACCUGGGACGGAUGGCUAUGCUGGAAUGAUGUUGCAGCAGGGACGGAAUCAAUGCAAUACUGCCCUGACUACUUUCAGGAUUUUGAUCCUUCAGAGAAGGUGACAAAGAUCUGUGAUCAAGAUGGACACUGGUUUCGGCAUCCGGAUAGUAAUAGAACAUGGACCAACUACACCCUGUGUAAUAACAGCACACAUGAGAAAGUGAAGACAGCCCUGAAUCUGUUCUACCUAACUAUAAUUGGACAUGGAUUAUCCAUUGCAUCUCUGAUCAUCUCUCUCAUCAUAUUUUUUUACUUCAAGAGCCUAAGUUGCCAGCGGAUUACAUUGCAUAAAAACCUGUUCUUUUCAUUUGUUUGUAAUUCGAUUGUAACAAUCAUUCACCUCGCGGCAGUGGCCAAUAACCAGGCCUUAGUGGCUACAAAUCCUGUGAGCUGCAAAGUGUUUCAGUUCAUCCAUCUCUACCUGAUGGGCUGCAACUACUUCUGGAUGCUCUGUGAAGGCGUUUACCUGCACACACUCAUAGUGGUGGCUGUGUUUGCGGAGAAGCAGCACUUGAUGUGGUAUUAUUUUCUUGGCUGGGGGUUUCCCCUGCUUCCUGCCUGCAUCCACGCCAUUGCCAGAAGCUUGUAUUACAAUGACAAUUGCUGGAUCAGCUCAGACACUCAUCUCCUCUACAUUAUCCACGGUCCGAUUUGUGCCGCUUUGUUGGUAAAUCUCUUUUUCCUAUUAAAUAUUGUACGUGUUCUCAUCACCAAGUUGAAAGUUACACACCAAGCGGAAUCCAAUCUCUACAUGAAAGCCGUAAGAGCUACUCUCAUCCUGGUACCACUACUUGGCAUUGAAUUUGUGCUUUUUCCAUGGCGGCCUGAAGGAAAGGUUGCAGAGGAGGUGUAUGACUAUGUCAUGCACAUUCUGAUGCACUAUCAGGGUCUUUUGGUGUCUACCAUUUUCUGCUUCUUUAAUGGAGAGGUUCAAGCAAUUCUGAGAAGAAAUUGGAACCAGUAUAAAAUCCAAUUUGGAAAUGGCUUUUCCCACUCUGAUGCUCUCCGCAGUGCAUCCUACACAGUGUCAACAAUCAGUGAUGUGCAAGGGUACAGCCAUGACUGCCCCACUGAACACUUAAAUGGAAAAAGCAUCCAGGAUAUUGAAAAUGUUGCCUUAAAACCAGAAAAAAUGUAUGAUCUAGUGUUGUGAAAAUACAUAAACCACACCUGUUUUGUGUCACUUGAACCUAUGAUUUUAUAGCCAGAAGAUUGGAUAGCCAGCAAAUGGAUUUCUUGAAUACCAUGAAGAAAGCCCUCAAAUGAAAUGGGAAUUGUUUGGAUAAAUGUUUAACAACCCUCUCUCUAUGGGGGAGAAAAGCCUCAAUUUAUAUUGUUGGUCAGUAACUACUCCUACCAUAGCUGAUUUCAAGUUACCAACCUGACAUCACUGAAUGUGGAAGUGGAAAGAAAAGAAGCACAAUCAACUCUCGGGAGCUGACAUGCUCUGGAACAGCACUGCAUGCCCUCAGAGAUGGAAGUCUGUGCACACUCUCACCCACACUGACCAGAACUCUGCUCUUCUCAUCUGAGGAGACCUCACUUGGUCUUACAGACAUGAAAGGAAAGUUUGUUUUUUGUUAUAAAACUCAUCCUUUUGCCAUUUGGUGAUAGUGAAUGGUUUGUCCAGAAACACUUUAACCCUCUUUAUAACUUCUCUUGUAGACUAGACAAAGAGUUCAUUAUCUCUGUCGUCUCAUGUUCCUUUCUUUAAGAAAAGCAACUGAGCAGAAUUCCAAUGGGCUUCUUAGUUGCUGCUACAUAUUGUUAUACCCUGUGGUAUAUCCAAGCUGAAUCACUAGGGAGACAUAUUGGUAGAAGCUACACUUUGUCAGCUGUGUUUUAUUUUUUUUUUCUCUCUCUCUCUCACUUCAGGAAUAGGAGGAAAUCAGUUUUCCUGAAUCUGUAAAUAGAAACUUUGGCCUUUCCAUUUCUACUGUGUAGAUAAGUGAUCAACCAUUUUACAUGAAGGGAAUCAAUGAAGGAUUUCUUUUUAUCUUGGGAAUCAGAAAGGGAGAGAGAGAGAGAGAGAGAGAGAGAGAGAGAGAGAGAGAGAGNGAGAGAGAGAGAGAGAGAGAGAGAGAGAGAGAGAUUGUUGUAUAAAUGAAACUGUAAGUACUCUGUAAUUUUAUUUUAUUGUUUCAAUUCAAAACACAACCUAGGUAACUUUUAAAGCAGAUAGAUGAUGCAACAUUGUAUGCAACUUAGUAUCUGAUACUGUGUCUGGGCUGACUUACUUUAUAGUAAAAUAGAAUCACGAAUUCUAUACUUGGGAAAUAUUUUAAGGACAAACAGAUACCAGCAUCAGAAGUUUGAGAACUAAAAACAAACCCCAGAAAUAUCAAUGAUAAGAUAUGAAAUAUUUAUUUUAAAAUGUAAAGCCAUAAUUUUACAAGCACGAUAUAUUUGGUGUGCUGACAUACUGCUUCCAGUAUGACAUAUUCCAAUUUGAUGAUGACUCAUUCAAAUUCAGAAAUUAUGAACAACUACUGUAAGAAAUGCUAGUCUGCUACAUUUGUGGACUUUAAUUCACUAAAUUAUAGCUUUACUGAUUUUUACGAAAUGAAGAUAUAUGCUUUUGAAAAAGACCCAGGUUAUUAUUUUUUUAUGAACCACAGAGAAAUUUUCUCUAUAUAAUAUUCACUGUUUCAGUAUUUCAGUAGACUACUGUGGGUGAUAAUACAAGCCAUGGGAAGACUUGAACUUACCAUUCAUUGAGGAUAAAGUGUCAGAUGUUUAGGUAAUAAUUAAAUUAAGACAGAAGAAAGUUUUGCUUGUGAGUUAAAAUGACAUUUUUAAUGGAUUUAGUUUUUCUAAUAUUGCUUGGUCUGGAGUUUCUGAAGAACAAGAUUAGUUAACAGUUAGUAAAAAUCACUUUGGGGACAGUCACAUGAAUCCAUGUUUUUAAAAGUGUGUCCGUCAGCUUACAUUGGAUGAAAAGAGUGACUCAGUCCUCACUCAGUGUGUCUUAAGCUAUAAUAGAUAGUCAAUUCAGAAGUUGUUUGAAACUGUCAAAGAAAACAAUUCAAAUAAUCAAGUACUGAUGUAUUAGAUGAUCUGACAGACAUAUUUGUACUUUUCUGAACUUCAACUGCCUAAACUGUACAAACCUUCCUUUUAAUACAUUCAGACUUUAGGUAUUUAUUAUUCAAAGGCAUAGAUUCAUAUCUUCACUGACGGUCUUCAUGUAAUUCUGCAUUCUUCUAAACAAACUGUCAAGUAUUAACAAUAAAUGGUAGUACAGAAUGCCGAAUUACCAGAGAACAUAUUUAAAAGGUAUUGUAAUUUUACGUUUUAUUAUUCUUUUAAUAUUGAGUGUAGCUGAGAUUUCUUUACUGCCAAUAUCUACUGUGGUGUCAUUCUCAGCCAUAGCAGUCUAAGAUUAGUCAGUAUUAGUUUUGUAAUAAUAUUUUUGAAGCUAGAUUUCUCUAAAGCUGAAGUGCCAAUUAAAAUAUUUCUAAAUGCUUAUAGAAAAAAAAUCCAAAAAUUUUGAAAGAAAACUUCUCUGGUGCCUAAAAAUUAACUUGGGGAAUUUUUAGCUUUUAAAAGUUGCAUCUAUCUGACCUAAUUGGCCAUCAGUGGGAAUAGA